UCAGUUUAGAUAUAUUACAAGGAAGUGAACAAAAAAACAUCAGAUUCUGCUUCUAAACGACUCACCAAGCAAGAUGGCAGCAACACCAMUACGAGAUAUUCCUACGGUUGUACAAAGAGCAAGAGAAAUGUUUAGAAAAGGAAGGMCAAAACCAUAUGAAUUCCGCAAAAACCAACUAAAAAAUCUUGUUGCGUUAUUUGAAAAUCAUGAAGAUGCUAUCCUUGAAGCUCUGCACAAAGAUCUGCACAAGCCACGCUUCGAGGGUCUUCUUGGAGAGAUAUUCAUGGUCAAAAAUGAUGCCGUUACAGCUCUAAAAAAUCUAAAGGAUUGGAUGAAACCAGAAUACACAGAAAAAGGUCUUCUCAAUAAAAUGGAUACUUGUAUGAUUAGAAGUGAACCCCUGGGCGUGGCCCUCAUUAUUGGUUCAUGGAAUUACCCCAUUCAAGUGACUCUACUUCCACUUGUUGGUGCUAUUGCGGCAGGUAAUUGUGCAGUCAUCAAGCCCUCUGAGGUUGCGUCGGCAACAGCUGAUCUUAUCAAGACACUCCUACCCAAGUAUCUGGACGAGGUAAGCAUUGAUGAUCCCAGAUAUUCGCCAAACUAUGGAAGAAUAAUAAACGACCGACAUUUCCAGCGUCUAAAGAAGUUGUUAUCCCAUGGAGAGUGUGUGAUUGGUGGAGAGACCGAUGAAAAAGACAGGUUUAUUAGUCCUACAGUACUUACAGGGAUUAAACCAUCAGAUCCUGUUAUGGAAAGCGAGAUUUUUGGACCUAUUCUACCAAUUCUCAACGUCAACAGCCUUGAUGAAGCUAUUGAGUUUAUCAACGACAGAGAUAAGCCUCUUGCGCUUUAUAUUUUUUCAACAAACAAGGAAAAGAUUAAUUAUAUCAUGGAGAACACGUCUUCAGGAGGAUUUUGUGCAAACGACACUGUAGUUCAAGCAGCAGGUAUGGGAAAAUAUGUUCAAAUCAUUAGGGUCCGCUACCCUCCAUACACCGACCAGAAUACAAGAUGGAUAAGAUUUCUGGUUGUCAAGUACGUAAAAAAGAAGCAACGCCUGCGUCCCGUUGGUGGAAUAAGGAACGCUUUGAUGCGUUUGCCCUUUUACAACCGUUUGCACGAAAUGGGAUCCUGAAAUAUGAAAAGCUGAAUGGACCUUUUCUGAAAUACAAAAUCAUAGUGCAUUGUGGUCUAGCUUCAGCACAAACAACGCCAUAUUUGGCAGCAAGAACAAAAGAUGUUUGUACUAAACCUAGACCGCAAUGCAAUGCAAACUGCAAUCUCAGAAAAGCCCUUAAAAGAUGUUUGCGUUUUUAUCAUAAGAAGAUGUUUGCGUUUUUAUCAUAAGAAGAUACAUUUUUUAUUUAUUUUUUGUACACAUUUUAACUCUUGAGUAAAAAUAUUUUAGAAAAAACAAACAAGCCAUACUUUAGCUAUAGAGUUUUUUAUGCAUGUAGGUCAAAUGGCCUAUCUGCACCGAAGAAUCUUUGCGACUGUUUCCUUUGUUCAAAAACGAUCUGUUGUUAAGAGUCGCAUCUCGAUAGAUUAGAAGUCGAAGAUUUCGUGGGAAAUCGCGCAAUGGUUCUCGGAUACAUGUGGACCUUUAAUCGGUCUCCAUUCUUGUUCUAUGAUUAAGUAUAAAUUAACUGUAUUAGAGUAGAGUGAUCGCACUUAAACCGUGCAACUGUACAAAAUCUAAGUAGUAUUAAUUUGUACUAAAUGUGGACCUGAAGCAAGACGUAUUGAAUGCUCCAUUUGUAUCAACUCAAUUUAAUUUGCGUACCGCCUGCACGAUUUACUAAAUACAACUAAAAAGCACUAUUUAGUUUGUACAGUUGCACGGAUUAAGUGCGUUCACUCUACAAACAUUAAAUGUGUGCAACAUUUUG